AUGCCAAUCGGUUUCAAGGCUCCUACUCUCCCCAAGGCCCCGUCGCUCCCCAGCGUCCCCAAGAUUCCCUCUCUGCCUACACCCAAAUUCACACUGCCUUCAACGCCCACUUUACCCAGUCUUCCUUCCACUGACUCGAUUACCAACGCUGUUAUCGAUGCGCGCGCCAAGGUUGUCCGCAGUAUGUCAACCCUUGUUAGCCCAUCCGAGGAAGAAUCUCAAGAGCUUGAAGAAGCAAAGGAAGAGCCGCCUCUGGAGCCUGUCUACAUCGUUCUCCGACCACUCAAGCUCACCGAAGCCCCAUCGGCGUAUCUGAAACGUCUGGGGAAGAUCGUCAAGGCCAUCGAGUUCGAAAACUAUCUAGCGCUACAACACUGGGGCGUCCUCAUCGGAGAGCGAUACUACCACCUGCAUAUAGACGAUGCAACGAAGAAUAUUUCUGUGUCGAUGGUGCCGUUUGUUGCAGAACACGAGCGUCAUACUAUCAAGUUUCCCAUCUGGCGAACGCGACUGACCCACGAACAGCGCGUCGGUGUUGCGGUCGGAAUCAUCAAGUCUAUGGGGAGGUUUAAGACCGAGGAUGAAGUCGAGAUUACCGAUGAGAAAGGUGCUUUGGUCACUGCUCCGGCCGAUCGGGAGCGCUACCAUAUGAAGGGUCGAUAUCUCUCCUCGCCACUUGCGGAACACAACAUCUUCCGUGGCAAGUACAACGCCCUCGCCAACAACUGCAUCCACUUCACGCGCCAUUACAUCUUCGACCAGAUUCUCACUCGCCGAAAGGAGAUGAACAACUUUGCGUCUAAUGUGAAGUGGCUUGUCGUCAAGUGGCGCGACAUGGGAUGCAGACGCGGGCCAUUGGAGCUCGCAAAAUUCCUGUCGGGUAUUCUCGGAAUGGCAAACCCGCUCGCUAUGACGCCAGAUAAAGGCGCCAAGAUUAUGAUUAAACUGUUGAGCAUAUUCCUGGACAUCGACUACAACCCUGUGUUGGACAAGAAGCUUUUGGACGAUACCAAGAGCGUGGAAGAAGUUCUGGACGAGGACCCCGAACCUUCUGUGGACGAUAUGCAGAAAGACCCGGCUCACCUUCCGAUUCCCGAGGUUGUGGAUGGAGAGGAAAAGGUUUAG